GCAGGAGCUGUUAUAGUGUGACCUACAGAGACAGAAGAGUCUGUGCUUUGGAAGGGUCUUCAGUGGAGUUUGCUGGAAAUUACUCACAUCACAGUGAUCUGAGUGUUAGAGAAGUAUUCUGGUUUUAUUUUCAGCGUGGUAAAGUCUUCCAGGACCUGAAGCAGGAAACACAGUUUACUAAUCGAGUUGAAUAUGUGAAACAAGACAAAAGCAGCACUUUGAAAAUGAAAAACCUGUCAAAGAAAGACUCUGGAAGAUAUCAACUUAGAUUCCUUACUAAUGAUGGUAAAGGAUUCACUGGUAGACGUGGAGUGAUUCUGAGUGUUACAGAUCUGCAGGCAAGAGCGAGUCGCUCUGCAGUGGCAUCAGAAGGACAGACUACAGUAAAGCUGAGCUGCAUCACCUCCUGCACUCUGUCUAACAACCACACUUACAUGUGGUACAGGAACGGACAGCCUGUUACUGACAAACUCACCAAACGCAACAAGCUCUACCUGAACUCCAGUGAAGAUGCAGGAAACUACUCCUGUGCUGUGAGAGGACGUGAGGAUCUCCGCUCUCCUGAACUAACUGUAACAUAUUUCUCAGGUGAUGAGGAGAGCUCAGUGGAGGUGUGGAAGCUGUAUGCUCUAUGGGGAACUGCUGCACUCGUUCCUGCUCUGCUUCUCUCUCUUCUUACUGCCGUUCUGUGCAUGAAGAGGAAGAGAGGAGCAGAGAGAGACACAGACAUUCAGAGUGUUCCAAAGCCUGGAGAUGACACAUACACAGCACUGAACCGCAUGAAUACGUCCCCGGAUUAUGACACUCUGCAAAACGUUCAGGACUCUGCCAGUGACACUUACACAACUCUGAACCCUGCAACCAUGUCCUCUGAUUAUGAUACGCUGAGGGGUGUGGCUCCUCGACUCAGUGAGGAGAAGUACUCCAGAACUGCAGAAUGAGAACGGACAGUUGAGUUUGGUUAGUGACUUUAUAUUCAGCAUCAUGAACAGCACAGGAAGGUGCUCAGGGUGAGAGUUUUAGGAUUAGAGUUGAGGAUUAGAGUUAAACGGCAUUAAGACGUCACAGCAAACUAAAGUCUGUCUUAAGUAAGUGUCAUUCGUUUAUGUUAUUCAAGCAGCUCCUUUAGAUUCUCAGGUGUCUUUCUGUACAUUAUAGAUAUGCUCCGCACUUAUAUAGCGCUUUUUAUAAUCUUAGCAGUUCUCCACUGUUUCUCAUUCACACACACACACACACACACCAGAGCUGCCACGCAAGGCGCUAGCCAGCCAUCCGGUGCAACUUGGGGUUCAGUGUCUCGCCCAAGGACACUUCGUCAUGGGGAGUCAUGUGGGCCAGGAAUCGAACCUCCAACCCUACGAUUAGUGAACAACCCGCUCUUAUAUAUUUUAUAAUACAGAGCUUUUCCCUUCACUCUUGACUGACCUCUGUUAAUCUCUGUUCAUGCUAACAUCGGAUUUAAUCACUUAAAUAUUAAUGAAUCAGUCAAUUCUGAUCUGAUCCUUAAAUUUCUUGUAACUUUCUUUUUUAUUCAUUUAGCGAAACAUUUCUACAACUUUCUUUUCUGUCAUCUGAUCCAGUAUUUGUCAUUUUCAUGUGUUGUAAACUGCAGUGAAAAGCUGGAUAAUGAUGAUGAUCAUUAAUAAUGAUGUAAGGAACAAAAGCUUCCAUCGAGAUGAAUUCUGCUAUGUCUGAUCCGUUACUGUCCAAUGUUUCAAAUGUUUUUAUGUACAAAAUUACAAAAUUAACAUUGUCCUUAUGAGCUUUUACAUGGCUGAACGCUGCACACCGAUUCAAAACCAUAGUAAACUUUUACACAACUUAAACACGCAGUAGAAAACGUUUUACAUGAUGUAUAGAGCAGGUAGAUCAGGGUCAUCUGUUAAUCAAUCACGAAGGUCUUCAACAGUAAAACCAGUAAAACAUCUGUUCAUAUUUUAUUUCUAAAAUGAAGUUUAAUAUUGACCUGGAUAAAUAAGUACUGCGUGACUGUUUGAGUGAAAAUAGGAUUAACGUACUGUACGUUACGUACAAUCAUUGUUGUUUGCCACCAAAUAAUGAACAAUAAACACUGAAUGGCCAUUUGAUUGAAACUAAAGCGUGGUGUCGGUCUUUUGCACAGUGCUGUACAUGCGUAAAGCGUUCACAGGGCAGCACAAAUGCAGUCUUCUGGGCUCUGAAUCUGACAGAAGAGGACAGAAGGACAGCUGCUCAAACACCAGUGAACCGUAGUUCAUGUUCCAAACCUUACACAGGCCACAUUAGGGCACAAUUUUACAUUACUUACAUUAUAUGGCACAGACUUGGCAUGGGGAUCACCCACAAUGCUUUGCUGAUGGUUGAUGGUUUUGAUUUUGCUGCAAAGAGAAGCGCUGUUCUGGAACUGAUGUCCACUGACUCUAGGGGUCAAACAGGGAACCACAUAGUGCCAGGGCUAAAUCCAGUGAGGAGGCCAUCGCUUAGGAG